AUGCAGUCCGCCGUGGCCGCCAUGCAGCGCUUCUACGGCAUCCCGGUGACGGGGGUCCUGGACGAGACCACGAUCCAGUGGAUGAGGAGGCCCCGCUGUGGCGUCCCCGAUCAUCCUCACACCAGCCGGCGGCAGAGGAACAAACGCUACGCCCUGACGGGGCAGAAAUGGAGAGACAAAAAGAUCUCCUACAGCAUCUCAAACUUCACCCCCAAAGUGGGAGAGAAGGACACUCAGCGAGCGAUCCGACAGGCCUUCAACGUGUGGCAGACGGUCACGCCGCUCUCCUUCCAGGAGGUCCCGUACUCGGAGAUCAAGAACGACGGGAAGGAGGCGGACAUCAUGAUCUUCUUCGCCUCGGGUUUCCACGGCGACAGCUCUCCGUUCGACGGGGAGGGCGGCUUCCUGGCGCACGCCUACUUCCCCGGCGCCGGCAUCGGGGGCGACACCCACUUUGACUCGGACGAGCCGUGGACGCUGGGCAACGCCAACCACGACGGUAACGAUCUGUUCCUGGUGGCGGUCCACGAGUUGGGUCAUGCGUUGGGUCUGGAGCACUCCUACGACCCCAGCGCCAUCAUGGCUCCUUUCUAUCAGUACAUGGACACGCAGAACUUCAAGCUGCCUCUGGACGACCUGCAGGGCAUCCAGAAGAUCUACGGCAUCCCCACGGCCUUGCUGGAGCCCACCAGGCCGCUGCCCACCUUACCUUCCCGACGGACGCACUCCACCCACGAACGCAAGCACGACCGCCACUCGCGCCCGCCGCGGCCGCCCGGCGACCGGCCGGCGCUGCCCGGCAACGGCAAGCCCAACAUCUGCGACGGAGACUUCAACACCGUGGCCUUCUUCAGACGGGAGAUGUUUGUCUUCAAGGACCGGUGGUUUUGGCGCCUGAGGAACAACAAGGUCCAGGAGGGCUACCCGAUGCAGAUCGAUCAGUUCUGGAAGGGCCUGCCGCCCCGAAUCGACGCCGCCUACGAGAGAUCGGACGGAAAGUUUGUCUUCUUCAAAGGAGACAAGUACUGGGUGUUCAAGGAGGUGACGGCCGAGCCGGGCUACCCCCACGGCCUGGUGGAGCUGGGCAGCUGCCUGCCCCGAGACGGCAUCGACACGGCGCUGCGCUGGGAGCCGGUGGGCAAAACCUACUUCUUCAAAGGGGACCAGUACUGGCGCUACAACGAGGAGAAGAACACGGCGGACCCGGGGUACCCCAAACCCAUCACCGUGUGGAAGGGGGUACCGGACGCACCGCAGGGGGCCUUCAUCAGCCGGGAGGGAUACUACACCUACUUUUACAAGGGGAGUGAGUACUGGAAGUUCGACAACCAGAAGCUGACGGUGGAACCCGGGUACCCCAAGUCCAUCCUGCGCGACUGGAUGGGCUGCGACCAGUCGGACAUGGAGCGCUCCGGCAGCAAGGGGAACCGCGGCGACCGCCAGCUGCCCCUCGACGACGUGGACAUCAUGGUGACCAUCAACGACGUGCCGACGACGGUCAACGCCAUCGCCGUGGUGAUCCCCUGCGUCCUGUCGCUGUGCAUCCUGGUGCUGGUGUACACCAUAUUUCAGUUCAAGAACAAAGGGGUGCAGCAGAACGCCAUGACGCAGAACUACUACAAAUACCCGGUUCAGGAGUGGGUAUGA